CCUCGCGCGGGGGAGGAGCGGGCGGCGCGGGGCGGGCGCGGCGGGGGCCGGGGCGCUGGGAGCCCGUUGGGCCGCGAACGCAGCCGCCACGCCGGGGCCGCGGAGAUCGGGUGCCCGGGAUGAGCCUCAUCCGGAAAAAGGGCUUCUACAAGCAGGACGUCAACAAGACCGUCUGGGAGCUGCCCAAGACCUACGUGUCCCCGACGCACGUCGGCAGCGGGGCCUAUGGCGCCGUGUGCUCGGCCAUCGACAAGCGGUCAGGGGAGAAGGUGGCCAUCAAGAAGCUGAGCCGGCCCUUCCAGUCCGAGAUCUUCGCCAAGCGCGCCUACCGGGAGCUGCAGCUGCUGAAGCACAUGCAGCAUGAGAACGUCAUUGGGCUCCUGGAUGUCUUCACCCCAGCAUCCUCCCUGCGCAACUUCCACGACUUCUACCUGGUGAUGCCCUUCAUGCAGUCGGAUCUGCAGAAGAUCAUGGGGAUGGAGUUCAGUGAGGAUAAGAUCCAGUACCUGGUGUAUCAGAUGCUCAAAGGCCUUAAGUACAUCCACUCAGCUGGGGUCGUGCACAGGGACCUGAAGCCGGGCAACCUGGCUGUGAAUGAGGAUUGUGAACUGAAGAUCCUGGAUUUUGGGCUGGCGCGGCCUGCAGAUGUCGAGAUGACUGGCUACGUGGUGACCCGCUGGUACCGGGCCCCUGAGGUGAUCCUCAGCUGGAUGCACUACAACCAGACUGUGGACAUCUGGUCUGUUGGCUGUAUCAUGGCGGAGAUGCUGACAGGGAAAACUUUGUUCAAGGGGAAAGAUUACCUGGACCAGCUGACCCAGAUCCUGAAAGUGACCGGGGUACCAGGCACAGAGUUCGUGCAGAAGCUGAAAGACAAAGCGGCCAAAUCCUACAUCCAGGCCCUGCCACAGAGCCCCAAGAAGGAUUUCACUCAGCUCUUCCCACAGGCCAGCCCCCAGGCCGUGGACCUGCUGGAAAAGAUGCUGGAGCUGGACGUGGACAAGCGCCUGACGGCCGCUCAGGCCCUUGCCCAUCCCUUCUUUGAACCCUUCCGGGACCCUGAGGAAGAGACAGAAGCCCAGCAGCCGUUUGAUGAUUCCUUAGAACACGAGAAACUCACAGUGGAUGAAUGGAAGCAGCACAUCUACAAGGAGAUUGUGAACUUCAGCCCCAUUGCCCGGAAGGACUCGCGGCGCCGGAGUGGCAUGAAGCUGUAGGGACUCAUCUCGCACGGCACUGCCGGCCAGACACUACCCAAGGACCAGUAUUUAUUUGUCACGACCAAACUCAGCCCUUCUUGGAGUACAGGCUUUCAAGCAGAGGACAGAAGGAAGGGUCCUUCUCCUUGAGUGGGGAAUGAGCCUAGUAGAUGCAGAAUUCAAAUGUUGGUUGGGAGAAAAUAGCUCUGAUUCUAAUGGGCCACAUUAAACUGCCCAUCUGGAGAAUCGCCUGCAGUGGGGGGCCUUUCCUUUCUGCUGGAGUGGGGCUGAGCAGGUGCUGAGCCAGGCCAGGGGGCUGCUUCGGUUUCCUAGGGAUGCUCUAACCAAUUACCACACACUGGGUGGCUUGAAACAGCAGAACUUGAUUCCUUCAUGGUUCUGGAGGCUGGAAAUCUGGGCUGGAGGUGUUGGCAGGGCCGUGGUCCCUUUGAAGGCUCCAGGGAAGAAUCCUUCCUCGGCUCUUUUUGGCUCAUGGUGGCAGUGGGCAGACCGUGGCAUUCCCGGCUUGGGCUGCAUUCCUCCAAUCUCUGUCUCUUCUGUUCUCUCCUCUUUUAAGAACAACAAUCAUUGGAUUUGGGGCCCACCCUAAUCCUGUAUGAGCUCAUCUCGACCCUUAUUAAUCACACCUGCAAAGGCUCCAGUUCCAAAUAAAGUCACAUUCUCAGGUUUCAGGGGGACACGAAUUCCGGGGGGGAAACUGUUGGACUCACUACAGAUAGCUGGGAGGGAGGGCCCCUUCCUGGGCCUGGUGCUGAGGCCUAGCGCUCUGUUAAGGAACCAAAUGUGUUUGGCUGCUAAAUUAAGGGAAUUGCGGAGAGAGCUGCAGCUGGUGCGAUUGCAUUCAGGUUAUUUUGGGUGAGUGAUAAGCAAUCAAGAUAUGAAACAACAGCAGGCUUGGAGACUGCGAGCUGCACAGGCAGAAAUGGGCUCUUGCCUGACUUGAUGGCAACCAUUCUCCUCCCUUUGGGAGAUGGCCUGGCUCUCCAGAGCCUUGACCUGCCAGUGGCUAGAACCUCUAUGUUUUUAUCUGAGAAACUCUGGCAGAACAAAUUUCCAUGUGCAGAGGCUUCAGGAGCACAGUGGGUUUCAACUUCCCUGUGCACCAGGGGACUUGUUAAAAUGCAGAUUCCUAGGCCCCACCCCAGGGCUUGUGACUCAGCAGGUCUAGGGUUGAGACCUUAGAAUGUGCAUUUGAAUGAGGCCCUCUAGCCCUGACCCAAGCCUAGUGAUUCCGAUGGAUAUCAGACCAUAGUUCGAGACAUUUAGUGGAUUUCAGUCCCACUUGAUUUGUUGAGAGGCCUUCAUCAGAAACCUACGGUAGGAGGCUGAGGGGCUUCAGAUGGAGCGUCACACUCAUCUUACAGGUGUUAAAACUGAGAAAACAAAAGCUCAGACAGCUUUUUUUUUUUUUUUCCGAGACUGGGUCUGGCUCUGCUACCCAGACUGGAGCGCAGUGGCACAAUCACAGCUCACUCAACCUCAACCUCCUGGGCUCAAGCCAUCCUCCCACCUCAAGUCUCCUAAGUAGCUGGGAUUAUAGGUGGAUGCCACCCAGGUGUACCAGGACUGCAGGUGGCUAAUUAAAACAAUUUUUUUUCUUUUUUGUAUAGAUGGGGUUUCUCUAUGUUGCCCAGGCUGGUCUUGAAAUUCUGGACUCAAGUGAUCCUCCCACUUUGGCCCCCCAAAGUGCUGGGAUUAUAGGCAUGAGCUACCCUGCAGGCCCAGACAGUGUUUUUAAGGCCUUGAAACUCUUCUGUAUGACACUGUAAUGGUGGAUACAUAUCGUGUAUUUGUUACAAUCUAUAGGACUGGAUAACACAGAGUGAACCCUCAAGUAAACUAUGGACUUCAGUUAAUAAUAAUGUAUUGGUUUGGUUUAUAAACUGUAACAACUGUGCCAUACUAAUGCAAAAUGCUACUAAUUAGGAAACCUGGGGAGAGGGAAGGGGAGGGAGUACGUGGGAACCUCUGUACUUUCUGUCAACCUAAAACUGCUCUAAAAAAUAAACAAGGUCAGGCACAGUG